AUGUCAGUUGACGGGCUCGAUUUCCACGACGAGGAUGACAGCUAUUUUAAUGAAACUUAUGCAACGGAGGAUGAGCCUUCUCUCCGGACGGGUAGUGUCUCUUCUCUAGACCAGUUCGAUGUGGUGCUGUGCCUCGUCGACUUUCAACAACGCAUGUUCCAAGGUGUUGUUGCGCAUGAUUGCAAGAACCCAUUUGCCGGUGGAGCAGAACAGGUAUACGACGAUAUCGCCGAGGUGAAAGUGAAAGAAACCCCCACAGUGUUCGAAAAGGCAAUCUGCUGCGUUCAGCAACUGUACAAGGACAAGGGGAUAUCUGACAGCAACGAUAUGGUUGCGUUGGUGCUGUACAAUACAAGGGAAUGCACACAUCCUGAUUACCCUGGUGUAUACGUCUUUCAUACUUUUUGCUCAGCGGAAAUACAAUCUGUACUGGAUUUGGAGGAACUUGUAGCUGCGGGGAGGGUACCGUCAGCGGGAUAUGAAAAUAUUGUGACGAAGAUUGGCCAUUCAACUGAAGCCAAGUCUCAUCUCGGGGAUGCGCUGCGGGCAGCCCGGCAUUUGUUUUCCCAGCUGCCUUCCGAGGUCAAACAUCGUCGAAUUUUUCUCUUCACAAACGACGUGAACCCACAUCGCGGUGACGAGGAGCUUUUGCAGAAAUGUGCUAUCCAAAUCGAGAGCUUGUCCUCUGGGGGAGUGGGCUUGGUGUGCUAUGAUAUGAGCCCCACUGCCCUUCCGUCACCGGCGGCUUCAACGCAAUCGGGAGAAGCGGCUGCAAUGAGUGAGCGUUGGGCAACACAGUUCGGCGGUGUGGACGAGUUUUGGAGUGCUCUUACGGGUGCGGUACCGAAGGCAACAAACAGUUCACGGGUUGGCACUAUUGAUAUUGUUCACCUGAAUAGCGACGAUAGCGUUAUGCUCGGAGCGCUCUCAACGGCAGUCCGCUGGCGCACACACCCACGGGGAGCCUCUCAAACGACAACACUAACUAUUGGUGUAGGCGCAAAGGGCUCGGCACUACCAAGACUGACAGUGGGUAUGUAUUUCCCGAUGACAAAUGCGCAGCGCCGAUUAUCGAAGUGGUUGGAUGGACGCGCAGGUGAAAUGGUAAUGCUUCGGCAGCGUGCGGUGGGAGUGGGGGCCCCUAUUUUGCUGCCUUGCCACGCGGGGAAGAGUGGUGCGCCACCUGCACAUAUCAGUACGGGGCAGUUGGGCAAGUCACGUCCAAGCACGGGACCGGGGACGUGCCCAAACGUUCCUCUAAGUUGUAAAAAGCAUAUCGCCGAGGUCGUUGGGGCGGGAUUAACUCUCGGCUUUUCCAUCAUAUGCUUCAAAAACGCUGAUGACGUUCUGCACCCUCAGUACGUCCUGGGGAAGUCGUGCGUCCUCCACCCAGAUCCGCAAGACGGUAGCGAUGGCUCGCUUCGACUUUUCAUUCGGUUGGCUCGAGCGCUGAAGGAGCAGCGGAAGGUUGCGAUGGCGCAGCACAUUACGCGCUACGCCACUCCUCCUCGUCUUGUCGCACUUGUGCCGCCCGGGCUCAACGGUGAUCAUAUGGACACGGCUAGUUUCCCUGUGAUGCACGGUCUUGGUUUGUACGUCGUGCCUCUCUCGUAUGCUGACGACGUUCGUACCACCCCUCGAUCCCCUCUCUUCGGCGAUGCAACGAAACCUAUGGAACGUGAUAUUGCUCUUGCACAGCGACUGCUGGCCACGCUGCCGUCUAAGUACAAUGUGAACGUAGUUCCCAACCCUGCUUUGGAGCUACGCUAUAAAGCUAUUGAGAGUAUUGUGCAACAGACACAGCAGCAGAGUGGGUUGUCAAAGGAAAUUCCAGGGGUAGCUCCGUUCUCGCAACUGUCAAAGGCAGUUGAUCGGACGUGGGGUGAUCGUGGGGCUAUGGCAAAAUACGGCUCUGUGUUUGAUGAGUUUAAGGCGGUAUUGCUCCCUUCGUACAACCGAGACGAAACGUGUGGUCCUAAGACGAAAGCGGCGCGGAAUGUGAAGGCGCGAGCAGAGUUGGCUGACGAGGACAUCAAAGGUGUUGAAAGAAUAAUAUCUGCCGUCGAGUCGGCGUUUCGGUUCCAGUCUAUGGGGAUGCUGACUGAACCGCAGUUGAAGGAGUAUUUGCGCGUGAUGGAGGGCGGUGCCUUUGGAGUCCGGAGAAAUCCGGAUAUCAUUCAAGCUGUGAUAUCUCAAUUGCAAGGCGACAUUUAG